AUGCCUCCUCGCCGGCGCUCUUCUCGACUUCGCGGAAGCUCUGCUGUACCGGGAAAGACCCCGGCCACGGGCGCGCAUUCGAACCUCGAAUCCGUCACGUCCUCCCCAUCGGCGCCUCGAACGCCAGCUACGGCCGGACGUGUCGUCCCUCCCCUCUCAGAGAUGCACCCAAGUAAGGUGCAACAGAGCACAACCCAAGAGCCAGACUCGGGACUUCGACUUGGGUUCACUGACAUUGCGGCCACGAACAACAACAACCAGCCUUCCGGGGUCCACCAACAGACUCCCUCGAAGAUUGGCAUAACUUCGCCCUCGUUCGACUUCAAGUUCGCUCGCCCUGGUCCCCUACUGGGCCCUGAGGCACAGCGUAUGAUGGAUGACUUGCGCGAAGAGGCGCUCCGAAUCAAGGCUAAGCUUGCUGCGGAGCGAGAGGAGGAGAAGCGUAAGGAUGAGGAUGCUGGCGGGGUUGGGGGCCGGAAAAUCGCACAACCUAAGGGGAAGGUUGGCAGAUUCAGUGAUGUUCACAUGGCGGAGUUCAAGAAGAUGGACUCGAUCGCCGGACAUCCCUCUUCCUUCAGAGCUCAGCCAGGACGUUUCACACCGGUCACCAACAGCCUGAAGCGUACACAGUCGAAGGCUAAAUUGGACGAGCGCGAGGAUGCGCACAAGAACGAACGAGUGGUGGUUGAGAAAUCGGAUCGGUUGGAGAAUACCGCACCUGCCAAGCGUGCUCGAAAGCACGUCUCGGAGGAUGCUUCAUCUGCUCGUCCAGUCUCCAGACACGAGAACAAAACCCUACCCUCUACCCCGACUGUGACUCGUUCCCACUCGAACAUGCCUUCGGCUGCGACGACGCCUACCAAAGCUUCUCUGGCCCGAGCCGCCAGUACCAAGAUGACUCAGAUCCCAUCUCUGACUAGAUCCUCUUCCAAGCCGAAUCUGACUAGCACGCCCCGUGGUAUGACCAAGUCCGCAACAUCCAAUACUCUGAGCAGCAUUCCUCAACCCGAGAGUCAAAGUGCUCUGCAAAGCCCUGGAAAGUUUGACCGUGUGAAGUCAAUGUUUGGAUACGGAGGAGGCGUGAGCGCGAAGAAACCCAUGUCCAAGCCAUCCGCAAUUCCCUCGCUCUCCAGAAGCCCCAGCAAACCCAACCUGGACAAGGUGCUCCCGUCGAUCCCCGUUACCCCGGGUGCUACGGCUGGAUCAAAGGUGGUUGUCAAGCAUGUCGACUUCACUCCGGAUACGGUCAAGAAGAAUAGUGCCACAGUCCAGAACUCGCCAUCGCCAAUGAAGUCUGGAAUUCCGCGAUCCACUUCAAAGAUCAACUUUGGUCCCAGGUCCCCUGUCAAGACACUGACCAGCGAGAAGGUUGAUGCCACGAAAGUUGAGUACCCUUCGAUUGCCGGGCUUUCAAACUUCGGAGAGUCGUCAGAGAAGGUGGAGUACCCCUCGCUCACCGGUGUUCGUCCACUCCCGGAGCCUCCUCGCCAAGCCCCUCCCCCGCCGUUGGUCCCAGGAUCAUUUUCAUUCCGCAGCGACCAUACCAUCAAAUUCGGUGUCUCACCCAAGGGCUUUGGUUCCUCCCCCGGCCAGGCCAGUGUGCGUCAGGUUCGCCAGAGUGUCCUUCCAAACAAGAUUCCGGGUUCUUUCCCCCGUGGAAACAAAGAAAACAAGGCGCCUCUCCUUCCGACGGUCCCCCACGGAAUGGCCAACAAGAAGCGUCGACGUGUCGAGUCCGACGAUGAGCACAAGGAGGAAGAUGAGCGCUCCCCCAAGAAGUCCAAGACUGCUGCUGCUGAAGGUCAUAUGCUCCUGGCCCCGAAUCUCCAAGCUACCCCCAUACCUCAAGCCUCCAGCCCGGUCAAGAAGAGAGCUGUCCUGAGUCUAAGUCGCCUCAACAUGCUUUCUCGACCCAAAAAUCGGAACUUGUUUGUGACGAGAUUUGCUGAAGCUGAUGCUAUGGGCGGAGGCGCCCUGUCUGCUGUUUCUCGUUGCAGUGGUCCAUCUUCCGACUCGGCUGAUCAGCAGACGACCUGGCAUGCCUCCCUUUCCCAUUGCACCACUCCACCUACACCCACACUUGAUCUGUACACGACCAUGGAUACCAGUGCAACCUCGCAAGAAGUCCAGGCGCCCCCACUCGAACCCAACCAAGAUCCCGCUCCUCCAUCUAAGAACCCCGCCUUCAUCUGUAGCAUCUGCUGGCAGCGCCAACCGCGCGGAUCCAAGCCCAGGCUGCUCGGUAUAGAGCUGGAUGAGAUUCCGAUGUGUGGCGUUUGUGAGGUCGAGACUGCGGGUGAGACUACUGACCGCGUGCUAGAGAGGGGAUUGGAGACUGUGACGAAGUCUGAUGGAGGUUUGAGCCGCACUAGACUGGAUCUGUUAUCUGGAGUCGGUGACGAGAAGAGAAAUGAUGAAAGGCUCCCUCUGGGAAGUUCGGCUAGAGGUUUGAGGAGGUUCAGAGGCGCCUUUCGGACUGAAGAAAGCCUGAAUAGUUGCCCAGGGUACCGCUCAAAGCGCAAUGUGAGUGUGAGUAUGAGUGAGUUCCGGACUGCAGAGGACCUGAAGCCGUUGUUAGAAGACGCGGCCGAGAUGGGAAUGGCUCAAGACGGCAGCAUUGAUCACAGCUAUUACUACAGCGAUACUGAGCUGUCUAGCGUCGCCUCUCUUCCCUCUCCUCGAACUUUUCAAGAGGAAGAUACCGCUGCGAUCGUCUAUGUAUCUAUAACGGAUCCAGUUGGCGAACCUGCAUUCAAGCCGAGCGAGACGAAGCCUUUGCCAAGAUGGAUGCAUCUUCUUCCAAAUAACGUACAUAGAGAACGUGAAAGAAAAGCAAACCCGGCGGAAGCCAGAGUCCGGCGAAACUCUCAUGAGCAGGCACCGAUGGGAACAUACUACUCUAGCGACGGCUUUGAUGAACGGGAUCUCGAUGCGAUCCCCUCUGGCUCUGAAGAUCAGAAGCCACCGAGAAAACGGCAGAAACAGGGUCCUACCAGAAUCGACCUUCCUACGGUAGCUAUACCUGGGCCCAAGUCCCGAGCUUCCAUCUCCUUCGACAUGACAUCCAUAGAAGGAAAUCUUUGCGGAGACAAGGUAUCCAGAACUGCUCGAAGGUCUCACACAGUCGAGUCGGAUUACAUGACAGCUCCUGAAUCUGCGGCUGGCUCCCAACGUUCGCGAGCUCCGACCCCAUUCCCACGAACCCCUCACCCGAGUGUGUCUCGCCCGCCAAUUCGACGCAAUGAUACAUCCUCUUAUUUCUCACACAGGGCAAGCAUUGAUACGCAGGAAAAUUCAAUUGACGAUUCAAGCUGUUUAUUGCCGCCGCUGGUAUCACCACAGCCGUCGCUUGAGUCAGCCAGAUCAUCGCAAAGCAGCGCCUCUGUGAGCACGAAUGAUCCCAACCUCUAUUUUCAAUUGCCAUCUCAGUCCUCUGAGUAUAUCGAGAGAUACCAGCCCAAGCAGCCUUUAGCUGCGAAAUUUGAGAAGUAUGUUGCUGCUGAGCCGGAGCCAAUCUUGGAGAAGAUCAAGAGGCAGAGGCCGGCGGGGGAUCUGGGGGUCGAUCCGGCUGAUGAGAGUAACGGGAAAUUGAAAUCUGAUGUCAAAGGCAAAGUUAGGGCCUUGGGCUUGGCGGAUGGUGAGGAUGGUCUCACAAGUCCUAGCCGGCUCGACUUGAAUCGGGAGUUGAAAAAUUUGUUUCGUGGGGUGUAG